GUUCAAAGGAAAACAGAUGUGAGAGAACAUGCGAUAGACCAAUAGCUACAAUCACAAAGAACCCGUUUGCAACUGAUGCAGCGUGACCUUUAUAUUACCACUAAUAACCUUAUGUAAUCUAUGCUAAGUAUGAGCCAUAUAUCAAAACAGAUUAUGAGAUUGGUUCUGCUUCAAUUAAAAGUUGGCGAGGACAAAUCGUCGAACAUACAUAAUGCUAUUGACAAAAUAGCACAAGCCGUAAAUGAAUAUAAACCGCGUUUGGUAACGUUGCCAGAAUGCUUUAAUUGUCCUUAUGGUACCAAAUACUUUAGGAAAUAUUCUGAAACAAUACCAGAUGGAUACACUUCCCAGCAGCUAUCUGCCUCGGCGAAGGCUCAUGGUAUUUAUAUUAUUGGAGGAACGAUACCAGAACUAGGUGAAAAUGAUUGCAUUUAUAAUACAUGCACUAUUUGGGACCCUGCUGGAAAAUUGAUUGCCAAAUAUCGUAAAAUGCAUCUUUUCGAUAUUGAUGUUGAAGGAGGAAUUCGUUUCAAAGAAUCUGAAACCUUAACUGCUGGUACCAAUUUUACUGUGAUAGAAAUAGACGGUCAUAAGAUUGGUGUUGGUAUCUGCUAUGAUAUACGUUUUGAAGAGCUGGCUCGAGUAUAUCGUAACGAAGGUUGUGAGAUGCUAAUAUAUCCCGGUGCAUUUAAUAUGACUACUGGUCCCUUACAUUGGGAACUUUUACAGCGUUCGCGAGCCAACGAUAAUCAAUUAUAUGUUGUAACGACUUCGCCUGCUCGCGAUGAAAAUGCUGAAUAUAUAGCUUGGGGUCACUCGAGCGUAGUUAAUCCAUGGGGACAAGUUUUGAAAACAGCUACGCAAGGCGAAGAUUUAAUUUCAGUUGAUAUUGAUUUUUCUAUUGUACAAGAAGUUCGUGCACAAAUUCCAACUUUCAAGCAGCGUCGUUUGGACAUGUAUACAACAACACGUUUAAAAUAAAAUGUUAUUUCGAAUCGUAAAAGUAAAUAAUAUUUUGUGGGAAAUAUAAUAAACUCAGCAAAUAAAAUACAUAUUUUCAAUUGUUACGUUUAAAUUAUAUUAAAUAUUAAUAAAAUACCGCAAACUGAAAAAUG